ACAGCGAACCGCUGUCGGUUAUAUUGAAGUAAUAAUGUCGGUGUCGGCGGAGUUCGGUGAGCUGGAUAAAGAAUGGUCUGAGCUAUCGGACGAAUUCCGGAGCCUGGAGGCCGCCCAUCAAUCAUACCAGGAGCUGCACGAGCGCCUCGAGGAAAUGCAAGAAAAAUGCACAAAACAGAUCCAGCACCAACGCUACCGGAUGCGGCAAAUUACGAAAAACCUAAAAGCAUACCUGGCGAAAGAGGACAAAACACCGGAAGAGCGGGAAAUGUCGACGUUGUUGCAGAAAAAUAUGAUGAAGCGCAAAGCGCAGAUCCACGAGAUUGAACAGGGCCUGCCACAACAGAACAGCCAGUAUCUGAAGAUCAUCCUGGGGGACGUGAAUGUGUCUAUCCUGAACCGCAACGACAAGAUCCGGUACAAGGAUGAGUAUGAAAAGUUCAAGCUGAUCCUAAACGUGAUCGGGUUGCUGCUGUCGUUUCUGAACAUUCUGUUCAACUACCGAGCUUUGGAGUUGGUGUUUCUCUUCCUGCUGGUGUGGUACUACUGCACGCUCACGAUACGGGAGUCCAUACUAAAGGUGAACGGGUCGCGGAUAAAGGGCUGGUGGAGGCUGCACCACUUCAUUUCAACCGUUUGUGCCGGCGUGCUGCUCGUGUGGCCGCAGGGUGAACCCUGGCAGCUGUUCCGCUCCCAAUUCAUGUACUUCAACGUGUACAUCAGCCUGGUGCAGUACAUGCAGUUCCGCUACCAGAAAGGAGUGCUGUACCGGCUGAAAGCCCUUGGUGAGCGGCAUAAUAUGGACAUCACGAUCGAGGGCUUCCACUCGUGGAUGUGGCGCGGGCUCAAGUUUCUCUUCCCGUUCCUGUUUGCCGGAUAUCUGUUUCAGUUCUAUAACGCCUGGACGCUCUACCAUCUGACGCAGCACUCGGACGCGACCUGGCAGGUAGGAGGUCCUUUGUGGGGCUCCAUUCCUUUGCAAUCAGUCCGCUCGAUAGUAACCUUCUCUCGCAUUCCGCAGAUACCCGUGCUAAGCAUUCUGUUUCUGAUACUGUUCGUUGGCAACACCGCUACCACGCUGCUUGUUAUACUGCAGAAGCAGAGCGAGCGAACAGAGAACCGAUACCGAUUGAUGAGUUUGAUCGCAUCGAAAAGACAAACGACAGGGCGGCAACCAACGAAGGAUGAAAGCGAGUCGUCUGCCAAAGCAGACCGUACUGUAGAUUCUGUGAAAUCCAAGUAAAUUUGUUACGAAGUUGGACGCCGCUAGUGUAUAUUUAUCAAAAUUAUAUGAAUAAAGUCGCGA